CUUUCUGAACAUGAUAAGACGGAGCACGUUAUCAAUGCAUUGUAUAUUUCAAACGUGACAUUGGUUUGGAAAUUAAUUAAAAAUUUAUAAUAGGAAUAGACUUGAUUAAAUUAUAUCACUAAUCAUUGACCGAAAUAUAUAUUUUUUUCGUUAGUUAAAUUUAAAUAAGAAAUGGUUAUCAUUGAGCUCGUUGUGAAUGAAAUAAAUUCAAAUUUUUUGGAAGCGGGAGAAACAGUUCUUGGUUGUUAAUUUGAAGAGGAGCAACGAAGCUAUUCUCGAACAGCUGUACCAAUGUAAGAUGGCUGCCUGUGGACAGCUCUUGAAAGAUGAAUUUCCCCUCAUUGAUGACGAUUUGUUCGAAUAUGUCGAAGGUGUCAUUACCAAUGGUAUUGAUGACUUCGAAAGCAGUGAAGAAUUGUACGAAGCUAUCGGAGAAGUAUUGCAUGAGGUAGCAGAUGGAAGGAGCGAAGAUGAUAUAAGAGAAAUAUGUCAGAGAAUAUUGUCUUUGAUGAAAGACGAUAACAAAGCAAACGGUGAAAUAAAUGGAGAAGCUAAAAUUUUAAACGCCCCUGUUCACCUUGGUUCAAUGGUAGCUAACCAUAUAGAAACGGUCGAUGAUAUCAAGAGCAUAUGGGUAAUGCAGAGGGAUGAUGGUUUGAAAGUUGAUGCCAAAAAGUUAGAGAAAGCCGAACAAAAAUUACAGCAAAAACAAGAAAAGCGUCAAGAAACGGCUGUUAGCAAUAGAGCAGCUGCUCCUAUCCCGAAAAUGCAAUCAGCUACUGCAUCACAGGUCACCAACAAGAAAGAAAUGAAGAUGGAAGCUAAAGGUGUAAACCGUGCUCAAGAUAUCAGGAUUGAAAAUUUCGAUGUUGCAUAUGGAGAUAGGUCAGUUUAUCGAUUGAUUUCUGCUGUAAAACAGCAGACUAUUUUGGUUGCCAAAGUGACUAAACUGUGGCCUUGGCAUUGUGAGCCAUUUUCUAAUUAUUACCAAUUGGUGCGUGAAUUUGCCCUUGACACAUCGGUCAGCUACACAUUCCAUCUCAUAUCUCAGUUCUUACACGUUGAGCAGGAAGUAACUGGGGACGACACCAUGGCUCUUGACAGUGUUCUACAGUGCGAUAUCGCUCGCCAAACUCUGUUAGACAGAGAAAAAGCAAUAAAUGAGCGCAUCAAUGCCGGAGGGGGCAACGAAACUGAAUUAAGUAGUGAACUAGCUGAAAUAUACGCAGCUCUUGGAGCAAUGGAAGCCGACAAAGCGCCUGCAAGGGCGUCUGUCAUUCUCGCUGGUCUCGGCUUCACGCCGGAUAUGCAAAGGAGAGCUACCAAAACAUUUUCUGGUGGUUGGAGAAUGAGACUUGCGUUGGCUCGAGCGUUGUUUUCAAAGCCUGAUCUCCUUCUGUUGGACGAACCUACUAACAUGUUGGAUAUGAAGGCAAUCAUAUGGCUAGAAAAUUAUCUUCAAAGUUGGCCCACGACUUUACUAGUCGUAUCUCACGACCGUCAUUUCCUGGAUACCGUACCGACAGAUAUACUUCAUCUCCACUCUGCCACUAUUGAGUCUUAUCGAGGAAAUUAUGAAAGGUUUGAAAAAGUCAAAACAGAAAAACUCCGAAACCGAGCUAGGGAGAUUGAGGCCCAAACCCAGCACAGAGCCCACGUUCAAGAAUUCAUCGAUAGGUUUAGGUACAACGCCAACAGGGCCUCUUCUGUCCAGUCCAAAAUUAAAAUGUUAGAUAAAUUACCGGAACUAAAACCAAUCGAAAAAGAAGUUGAAGUAGUUCUACGAUUUCCCGAGGUGGAACCCCUCUCCCCACCCAUUCUUCAGUUAAAAGAAUUGUCUUUUGGUUACGAUCCAUCGAAACUUAUCCUCAACGGCGUUGAACUUGGCGCUACCCUCGAAUCGAGGAUAUGUAUUGUAGGAGACAAUGGUGCUGGUAAAACCACGCUACUUAAGUUAAUCCUCGGUAUUCUUUCCCCGACUAGCGGAACUAGAAUCGUCCAUAGGAAUCUCAGGUUUGCCUAUUUCAGUCAGCAUCACGUUGAUCAAUUAGCUAUGAAUGUUUCAGCUGUCGAACUGCUUCAGGAAGCUUUUCCAGGAAAACCUGUGGAGGAAUAUAGGAGACAAUUGGGCAGUUUCGGCGUCUCUAACGAUCUUGCAUUACAGCCCGUUGGAUCGUUAUCGGGAGGGCAAAAGUCGAGGGUGGCUUUCGCAAAAAUGUGCUUGUCUAGGCCCAACUUUUUAAUACUUGAUGAACCUACAAAUCAUCUUGACAUUGAAAGUAUUCAAGCUCUCGGGCUUGCGAUCAACAAAUAUACCGGCGGUGUCAUAUUAGUUUCUCACGAUGAAAGACUCAUCCGAAUGGUUUGUCAAGAACUGUGGGUUUGCUCGAAUGGCACAGUAAAGAGUCUUGAAGGAGGCUUUGAUGAAUACCGAAGUAUAGUUGAAAAGGAGCUGUUAGAUAUUGGAAAAUAAAUUUCAAAAGAAUCAUCACAUCGUACAUCAAUGCCGGCAGAUUUAUCUAUUCAUUUUGUAUUUAUUUAUAAUGUAACAUUGUAAAAUAUGAAAAGUAUAUAUACAUAUAUAUAUAUAUUUCAAUGUUUAAACGAUAAAAUUUAUGUUCCUUAUAUUCCAUUUUUUAUCCUGUAAAUUAACAAAACUGUAUUUAUUUUAUUGAACUCAGUUGUUAAAUAUAUAUAAUUUAUAUAUUAAGUUUAUGUGAUAAAUGAAAACCUAAUAUUCUGUUCACUGUAAGUUAUUGAAUAAUUUGAUGAGUUUUUAUAACUAUCAUUCUACUUACAUUAUAUUAAUAAAUGAAGUAUAAGCUUAUUUAGUUUUAUGCCAUAUUAGAUGGGCUUUAAAACUUAAACAGGGAUGUGGCCAUUCAAUAAUGAGGCAUUAGCAGGGUUCAUGAAGUAUAACAUAGGUAAGGAUUUUCUAAAGUGCAGAAAAAUAUCUUUUUUUGUUUUUUUUUAAUGUCUUGAAUGCUAAUAAGUGAAAAAUAUAAAUAUAUUUUUAAGAAAAAAUUUCAAAAACAUUAAAUAACUUUCUAUUUCACACUUUGCUAUCAUAUUCUUUGCUGUAAAAUUCCAAGUUUUAACACAUAUCCAUAUUACCAUUAAAAAAACUUAUAAUUUUAUUAAAUUUAAGGUGAAUUUAUUUAGGUAUUCAAAUAAUUUUCCAUUAGAAAUGAAAUUGUGGAAUGAAUAAAUACUUGUUGGAAAGAACUAUCGCCCCAAAUUAAUUAGAACAACUAAACAAGAACUUCAUUUUAAAUUUAAUAACAUUAUAAAUAAGUAUGACUGAUGAGAGACUGCAUACGUCAAGAAUCCGAGAGAUUUGGCAAUUAUUUAAAGAAAACUUUUCUUUCUUUUGGUGGGCUCCAUAGUGAUGUUAUAAAAAUAUUUAUUAAUGUACGUGAAAAUUGUUAAAGAUGGAAAUAGAGGCCGAAACAUUGCCAUAAGAACUAAAAUUAUGGAAUAAACAAAUACAUGGUGAAUGAAAUAACAGCCCACAUUAUUUGAACACCUAAAAAAAAAAUUUGUUAGUUUAAAUUCUUAAUAUGAGGAGUUGGUCGGGGGGAAGAGUGCAAUCAAAUAAAUAUUAAAUUUUAAAAAAUAGUAUUUUCAAUUGUUUCGCUAACAUUUCGACCGACCUUGCAGAUCUUCAUCAGUGCUACAAAAGGUACUUGGUGAAAAUAAAAUAAAUGAAUUAUAUAAGUGGUAAAAUACUGAGAUAAUAUUUCAAAUAAAAAAUAUUAAAAAUCCUUUAGAGAAAGAAAUUUUGAAAAAUUAUCAUUUAAAACCUGUUAGAUUAUUUAAAGGAUAUAUAGAAUCAACAAAGAUGCAAAAGAGCUGCUUACGGACAACUGAAAAGAAAUAGCCCAGGAUUUACAGAGAUAGAAAAGGCUGAUGAAGGCGGCAAAAGAUCAACAAGAUCUGUAAUGCCAAAACAAAAAAAACUAGCUGGUAUUAAAGACCAUUUAAUUUUAUACUGAUAUAACACGUUUAAUCAAAAUUUAAGAUGAAAAUCAUGCGUAAUCCAUCCCUUUUACUUGAAAAAGAAAAAUUAACAUAGAUGACUUCAGAAUCCUUUUAAAUAAUUACAUCAUUGAGCCUGUAAACAAAAUUAAAUUCUUAGGGGUAGCAUUAGAUUAUAAACUAAAUUUUAGAGAUCACAUCAUAAAUAUAUACAAUGAUACAAACAAACUUACAUCUUAAAUUGUCUCAUGGAGCACACACUCUUAUGAUGUGAUGUUAUAUUAAUUUGUAAUACAGUCAAUUAUCAAUUAAGUAUAUAUAAUCUAUCAAGAAACCAAGUUUCCAUUAAUUCAUAAACUCAAAAUUUAGCCCUGUGGAUAUGUAUCGAAGCCUUUAAAGCAACACCAAUAAACGCACUGCUUGUCAAAGCUGGAGAAACUUGCUUAGGAAAUUGUUUUAAAAAAUUCUUAAUUAAAGCUUAUUCUGACCAAUUUAAUCCCAUUGUCAAAAUUAUUUGGGAAGGAAAAAUAUUUUUGAUAAACUUAAAAAAUAGCUGGCUGGAGUCACAACACAUACGCAAAACUAACUAUAUUUCCUCUGGCCCUCUAGAUCUCUUGUACACAUACUCUAAAAUCUCUAAUGCUUUAUUGUAGUAAAUAUAAAUAAUAAAAAUUCAUUAUCACCAUAUGUGCUAAAACUUCAUACGCUCUAAAAUAGCUGAUAGAUAGAUCAAAUGGAGACCUGAUAUGAAUAUCGAAAAUUUUCUUGUCUAAGGAAAAGCGAAAGUAGGAAUAGUGAAUAUUGAUUCAAUGAGAGAAAACUAAUUAAGAUAAUAAUAAAAUACAUAAAUAUUAAAAAUAGAAAAUGAAGAAUAAAUGAUGGACAAAUUCAGCAAAUGAAUAUUGUUGUUAUAUAUGUAUAAUAUAAAAUUAAUAAUGAAAACAAAUUUCGAACUUGAAAAUAGCCUAAGAGCUGGCCAAAACCUCACAUAGGAUAUUGUAAAGAGCAAUAAAAUAUUGACGGAAAAUAAUAGCCUUAACUUUAUGACACGAGAAAUAGCAGAAUGAAGUCAUUAGACGUGUAUGAUACAG